AUGUCUCUUCCACUCCGUCAUCUGCCAGCUCUGCUUCAUCUCAUGCUCAUCUCCCGGGCUACUGCAGAUGGAAACUUCACGUGUCAAAAGCAGUAUAUUAAACCAACUCUGAUACAAGAGGGACCGAAGCAGCAAUACUACAAAGUUGUAAAAAUCGUUAAGAAAAUUUUUUCAGCUGGAGCAUGUGAAUAUGGUGCAUUUGGAGCAACACUUAACAAAGGCGAUGUUUCUGCAUCAGCAAAUCUAUACAGGAAUGGGGUAGACUGUGGUGUUUGCUACCAGGUCAGCUGCACAAAUCCUUACUACUGCUCCCAAAAUGGCGUGACAAUUGUGAUCACAGACUCUGAGGCAAGCGAUGGGACUGACUACAUCCUCAGUCAGCAUGCCUUCGCUGGGAUGGGGCAGAACCAGAAUGCUGGUUCAACCCUGAUGAAACUUGGUUAUGGUUUCUUGUCUACCCAGGAAAGAAUAUUGUGUUCAAGAUUACUCAGAGCAGCCAUUUCCCCUACUAUCUUGAAUUUGAGAUCUGGUACCAACAAGGAAACCAGGACAUCAUUGCAGUCCAGCUUUGCGAGACUGUGA